AUCCGCGGCGUAAGGGCGGACGCAGGGCCCCGAGCUUGGUGUGCCCGCCGCGGGGAAGCCAGGGGGAUCGGCCGUGUGACUGUGGAGGGUGGAAACUGUGCAGACAUGGCCAAGUCCAAGAACCAUACCACGCACAACCAAUCCCGAAAAUGGCACAGAAAUGGAAUCAAGAAACCCCGAUCACAGAGAUAUGAAUCUCUUAAGGGGGUAGACCCCAAGUUCUUGAGAAAUAUGCGUUUUGCCAAGAAGCACAACAAGAAGGGCCUGAAAAAGAUGCAGGCAAACAACGCCAAGGCCAUGAGUGCACGUGCUGAGGCUGUCAAGGCCCUGGUAAAGCCUAAGGAGGUUAAGCCCAAGAUGCCAAAGGGUGCCAGCCGCAAACUUGAUCGCCUUGCCUUGCUUGCCCAUCCCAAGCAUGGGAAGCGUGCUCGUGCCCACAUGGCCAGGGAACGCAGGCUCUGUCGGCCAAAGGCCAAAGCCCAAGCCAAGACCCAGGCUACAACUCCAGCUCCAGUAUCAGCAUCAGCUCCGGCUCCCACCCCCAAGGGUGCCCAGGCCCCCAAGGGUGCCCAGGUCCCUGCAAAGGCUCCUUAAUAAAAACCUCUGUGAAUGUGAGGACAGAAGGACUGGUGUGACCCAUGAGCCCCUAUCUAUGGGGACUGGUGUCCUCCUGUGCUGUUUGUAUAAAUAAAUUCAGAGGCAGGAUCUGUUA